AUGGAGGACCUUUCAGAAGUAUUCGACAUUUACGCCAUUUGCGCCUGCUGCAAGGUCGCCCCCGCCAGUGAAGGAAUAAAAAAUGAACCGUUCAGCCCGAGGACCUUUAGGGGUCUAGGGAAUAAUGGGACUCUCCCAUGGAAAUGCAACUCUGUGGAUAUGAAGUACUUCAGCUCGGUGACUACCUAUGUGGAUGAAUCAAAGUACGAGAAGUUGAAGUGGAAGAGGGAGAAGUACUUGCAAAAGGAAGCCUCAGGGGGGAGUGGAGGCAUGCACAGCGGUGAUAAGACUAACUGUAGUGGGGACACUGAAGGGAUGGAGGACAAAAGUACCAAGCUGCAAAACGUUGUGGUCAUGGGGAGAAGCAGCUGGGAGAGCAUCCCCCAACAGUACAAGCCACUCCCAAACAGAAUCAACGUCAUCCUCUCCAAGACGCUAACAAGUGAAAACGUGAAGGAAAAGGUUUUUAUAAUUCAUAGCAUAGAUGACCUACUGUUGCUUUUAAAAAAACUCAAGUAUUACAAAUGCUUCAUUAUUGGAGGAGCUCAAGUUUAUAAGGAAUGUUUAAACAGGAACUUAAUUAAGCAGAUUUACUUCACGAGGAUCAACAAGGCUUACCAGUGUGACGUUAUGUUCCCUGAGAUUGACGAAAGCCAGUUUCGAGUGACGUCCGUCAGCGAUGUGUACAACAGCAAGGGGGUCACUUUAGACUUUGUGAUUUACAGCAAGGUGUGUGGAGGGGAAGUCGACGGGGGAGAAUCCAAUGGAAGCACCGUGGACAGCGGUUCUGAAAACUGCGACAACGUGAAUUGUGGCGCGCCGAAUUGUAGCGGCUCUGGUUGUAUCUCCCCCAAUGGGACAACCAUGCGCCAAGAAGAAUGGGUAGGAAAGGGCUCCUCAAUGUGCCAAUGGCAGAAGAACAAGGCCAGCGUAGAGGAAGACGAUCUUGUGUACUUUAGCUUUAACAACAAAGUGGGAGAGAAAAACCCAGAACACCUGCACGAUUUUAAAAUUUACAAUAGCCUCAAGAUUAAGCAGCACCCAGAGUACCAAUACCUCAGCAUCAUAUACGACAUCAUCAUGAAUGGAAACAAACAAGGAGAUAGAACAGGUGUGGGAGUCAUGAGUAAAUUUGGGUACAUGAUGAAAUUUAAUUUAAAUCAGUAUUUCCCCCUAUUAACAACCAAGAAAUUAUUUUUGAGGGGAAUUAUUGAAGAAUUGCUUUGGUUCAUUCGAGGAGAAACAAACGGAAACACCUUGUUAAACAAAAACGUAAGGAUAUGGGAAGCAAAUGGAACGAGGGAGUUCCUUGACAACAGGAAAUUAUUUCAUAGAGAAGUGAAUGACUUGGGACCCAUUUAUGGUUUCCAGUGGAGACACUUUGGUGCUGAAUACACAAACAUGCAUGACAACUACGAGGAUAAAGGUGUAGACCAAUUAAAAAAUGUUAUUAAUUUAAUAAAAAAUGAACCAACAAGUAGGAGAAUUAUCUUGUGUGCAUGGAAUGUAAAGGAUUUGGAUCAAAUGGCUUUACCUCCUUGUCACAUCUUAUGUCAAUUUUACGUGUUUGAUGGGAAACUGUCAUGCAUUAUGUAUCAGAGAUCUUGUGAUUUGGGUCUUGGGGUCCCUUUCAACAUCGCUUCCUAUUCCAUAUUCACACACAUGAUUGCACAGGUGUGCAAUUUGCAGCCUGCACAGUUCAUACAUAUUUUGGGCAAUGCGCACGUCUACAACAAUCACAUAGACAGCUUAAAAGUGCAGCUUAACAGGAUCCCCUACCCGUUCCCAACGCUUAAACUAAACACAGAUGUGAAGAACAUUGAGGAUUUUACCAUUUCCGAUUUUACAAUAGAGAAUUAUGUGCAUCACGAUAAAAUCGCUAUGGAGAUGGCCGCCUAG